AAAGAUAAAGUUGAAUACUUAGAAAAUCAGAGCCGACAGAAUAACAUUAAUUUGGAUGGCAUUCCUGAAGUAUAUGACGAGAUGUGGGAGGUAACUGAGCAACUUGUGAAAGACGUUUUGAAAGACAAGUUGGAAAUUUCAAAAGAUAUAUCUAUUGAGCGUGCUCAUCGUAUAGGAAAGAGAAGGGUGUCACCAGGUUCUUCAGCUUCUGCCACGUCGACAACUCACCCACACACUAUUGUUUGCCGUCUGAAAAAUUGGAAGCAGAAAGAAAAUAUUUUGAAGACUGCUUGGAAAGUUAAACCUCUGGGAGUAUAUGUUAAUGAAGACCUUGCACUUGAUACAUUGCAGAAGAGAAAAGCACAGAUGCCACAGUUGAUAGAAGCGAAGAGAGCAGGAAAGAUAGCAUAUUUCAUAUUCCAUGGACAAAGUAAUCGUCAGAAAUAA